CCUGAAUGUACAGCUGAAACCCAUUCCACAGAUGAUUUUAAGAUCGGUGAUCGCGUGUGGUUAGGAGGAACUAAACCAGGACGUAUAGCUUUUAUUGGUGAGACUAAGUUUGCAGCUGGUGAUUGGGCCGGUGUAGUGUUAGAUCAACCGGUUGGUAAAAAUGACGGUUCAGUUAACGGUGUUAAAUACUUUCAAUGUGAACCCAUGAAAGGGGUCUUUUCCCGGGUGUCUAAAUUAACCCGGCAACCAGUAUCAAUACCACCUUCAACUCCUAAACCCGGUGAUUCAAGAGGAGAAAGUCCAGCUGGUUCUGUUAAUAGUUCUGGUGGAAUGACCAAUGGAGCUUUACCUUUAAACACACCUCAUAGACCUCAAAGUCGACUUGGUUUAGCUGGUAGCAAGGCACCAUCUAGUUCUACUACCAGUCUGAAUAAUUCUGUGUCUGCAACUGUGCCUAAAGCUACAUCCACACCUAUGCCUGGUAAAGGUGGAGUAAAGAUUGGUGAUAGAGUUCUAGUGAGUGGAUCUAAGACUGGUGUAUUGAGAUUUAUGGGUGAAACUGAGUUUGCGAAAGGAGACUGGGCAGGUGUAGAGCUAGAUGAACAGAUGGGCAAAAAUGAUGGCGCUGUGGCUGGUAAAAGAUAUUUUGAUUGUAAACCAAUGUUCGGAUUAUUUGCACCUAUACACAAAGUAACCAAGAUAUCCGCUAACUACGUACCUAAUGCUAAUGCCAUGACUAGAUCCUUGAAUACAAGUCUACGUAGUACAAGAGAUCGUAGUGGUAGCCAAGACUCCAUCAGUUCUAUCAGCUCAUCGGCUUCCAGUGUAUCACGAAGUCGGGUAAGACUGGGAGUAUCCACAUUAGGAAGUAAGGUAUAUGCUCGCUUACUCAUGUCAUAUUUUCUUUGCUUUCAUUUUAUUUUCAAAGAAUUUAUUUAG